CGAUAAGGAAAAUUGACGAACUACAAGGAGCGGGUUACGUAGAAAUAAACGCAUGACUUAUAAAAAAGAUGCGACGUCCAGUGUUAGUCAAGCAGCACCGGUAGUACCGUAACUCGUGGAAUCGCUGCCUGUCCUGUUUCACCUGUGCCUGCAGUUCACAUCGGUUCACGCCCUUCUUCUUUCGCACCGCUCUCACUAACGGUUAAUCGACGUCCACCACUUCUUGCUUUCGAAAGAAAAUUGAACGCACAGCCAACGCCAUCAGUUGGUUGUGUCGAUCAACCAAUUUUCCCGUCCUUCGUUUUCCCACGCCCCAGAUAGUCCAUGUGCAACCGGAGUUAAAUACUUGUUAUGAACUUUUGAAUCAGCUUGUUUGGAUAUUUAAGAAGAAAUGGCAUUGCUAUUCAAUAAGUUAAAAUUGAAACAGUUUGUCAAAACGUGCGUUCGAUACGGUCACGGGAAGGAUCACUGGUCCAGAGUGAGGAAAAGAAAAACACCUAAGGAUAAAGCAUUGGAACAUUUCGAUGAGUUCUACGCAAACGUUUACGGGGACAGUUGGCCGGAUAUACGAGCAGCAUUAUUGAAGACAGAAUCUAAAUAUAUGGCUGUUGUUAAUAAUUUUAGUGAUACUGAGAGAAUACGAUCUGAAUUGGAGUCAAUAGGUGCAAUCAAUUUGAAAGCUAUGUAUGAUGUUCAAAAAGAAAAUAUAGAGUUUUUUAAGAAGAAAAGGGAAGCCAAAAUGAAUAACUCACAGGAAGAGUCAGCAGCUACCCCUGAAGAUCAACUGGUAGAAAUUAAAAAAAUGUAUCCCUCUAGCUAUCCAAAUUUGUUACAAGCAAUAAAGACAGAUGAUGAACCUGUCAAACAUGAGGGAAGAAUACCUGUACCAUUGCAGUCCAUAGAUAAAGACUUAAAUGAAAUUUCUCUAGAUAUGAACCGUAUUAUUGAUCCAACAGUGAAUUUAUCUAUACUUCAUGAAUAUGUACCUGCUACAAAAAUAAAAGGAUUGGAGGAUUGGGCUUUGGAGUCUGAUCACUAUAAGUUUUAUAUCAAAGCAGAUGAUUUUCAAAUAAAUGUUGAAAAAGAAGAUGUUCUACCUUUUCCAAAACAUUUACAUGCAUAUACAUUUGAGAGAGAAAAUAACACCAGAUUCCCAAGUCCUAAGCAUGGAUCUACUGGCGUUCUAGAUUAUUAUCUAUUUGAUGGCGCAUCUAUACUUCCUGUAUUGGCUCUGGAUAUUCAACUAGGUGAUAGAGUACUUGAUAUGUGUGCUGCACCCGGAGGAAAAGCUUUGGCUAUUCUUCAAACUCUCAUGCCUCAUAUACUAGUCGCUAAUGACAUCCAGGAGUCUAGAGUGAAUAGGAUAAAAAAAGUUAUAAGCCAAUACGUUUCUGAUGUUUACAAAACGGAGGAUUUAUUUAUUGUAACUGAACGAGAUGCUAGGUGGAUUGAUGAGACCGAUACAUAUAAUAAGAUUUUAGUUGAUGUACCAUGUACAACGGACAGACAUAUUUUACAUGCGGAGGAUAACAAUAUCUUCAAACCAUCCAGAAUUAAAGAAAGAUUGAGAUUACCGGAAAUUCAAUCGGAUAUUUUAGCAAAUGCAUUAAAAAUAGUGGCAUUAGGUGGUACAGUCGUUUAUGCGACAUGUUCCCUUAGUCCCGUACAGAAUGAUGGUGUUGUACAAGUAGCACUAAAAAAAGCCUGGCAAGAAAACAAUGCUGUUAUGGUCGUAAAGGAUAUGACGGAGGCAUUAUUACCCUUGCAAACCAUCUACGAAUUUGCUGCGGGUCGUAUGAAGUAUGGUCAUAUUGUUAUUCCUAGUCUGAAGAAUAAUUGGGGACCAAUGUACUUUUGUAAAAUAGUAAAACUAGAAUAAAGAUGAAUGAUUGCGAUUGGUAUCGAAAGCAAUUGAUGCCUUUGAGCCGAGCAUCGAAAGAUAAACGACCGCAAUACAACGAUAGACGCGAUAAAGUGAUUUUGCAGUAUGACAACGCUCGGCCAGAUGUUGCAAAACAGAUCAAAACAUGCUUAGAAGCGGAGUUCGUAUGCUGCCCGAAAGAUGGGAGAAAGUAGUGGUCAGCGGUGGACAAUACUUUGAAUCGUAAAUUUAUAACCACUUUCUCACAAUGAAGCUUCAAAUUUCGAAAAAAAGAACGACAGAAGCAAAGUUGUACACCUAAUAUAGUUCACUCUUAUUAUAGUAUAAUAAAUUAU